AUGUGGAAACGGAGAGGCUCUUUCAGCGACAAGGCAGAAUAUAAACAUAUGGGGAAACACUUUGGCCACCCUGGUAAAGAAAAGAAGCAUAUAUUAGAUAAUAUUCGCCAUAAAGCGGACUACCGACACCAUCACCAUCAUAAGGGGAAAAAUAACAGUUGGUUUGAUGGAAUGACUCACAGUGCGAUUAUGAUUGUGAGUAUGGAGUUUAUGGAUAAAACAUUUUUCAUUUCUGCCAUCAUGUCUAUGACUUAUAACAAAUGGGUUGUUUUAAUUGGUUCUCUGGCAGCCCUGUUUUUAAUGAACGGUAUUUCCUGUCUAAUGGGAGUUGUUCUUCCUGUAAUUAUGUCUCGUGCAGUGACUUUGCUCUUCGCUGCUUUUCUGUUUAUUUUUUUCGGUGUAAAAAUGAUCAUUAAUGGAAUUCGAAUGAAGGACGAGUUUCAAUUCUUCUCUCUCUUGAUUCGUAGUGAGAACGGCGAGCUGGCCGAAGCCCAAGAGGAAAUCCAGUCCACUUUCAAGACCGAAUCGGAUGGUGUGCAGGAAACCUCCCCUCUGCUCUCCCCCGCGACGCAAUCGAAGCUCUGCAAGCCUCAGGACAGUUUAGUGCUGCAGAUUUUCCUGAUGAUAUUUUUCGCGGAAUGGGGCGAUCGCUCCCAGGUCUCUACGAUUCUCCUCGCCGGCACCCAUCCAGUUCUCUCUGUUUUCGUGGGAGGAUGUCUCGGGUACUUUAUUACGUCCCUUCUCGCUGUGCUGGCUGGGUCUUGGCUCGCUUCCAAGGUGUCUCCACGCGUGAUUACCAUCUCGGGCGGCGUGAUGUUCAUCCUCUUCGCCUUCCAAGCUCUGUUUAUGAAAUAG